AUGGCCACCUCGUCGAGUUUCUCCUACGCGCAAGCUGCCAAGGGGCAGGCGCCCAACGUCACAUCUGCGACUACGACCCAGUCGGCCUCAGCGCCGGAGGACCACAUUGCUGAUAUCAAAGACGCCAUCAAGAACCAGUCGGCUGCCGACGAGCAGAGCCCCAAGUCAAAUGACGCCUCUCCAAAGGAUCAAAGAGGGGAAGAGGCCUCUGCGGCCGAGCAAACCGACUCUGCCCCCGCGCAGGAGAGCACUCCUGCCUCAACAGCCCCCACCGACAUGGGCUCAGCAUCUGCUCCUGCCUUGAAUGGCACUGGACGGGAUGACGACGAGACAACCACGGAGACCUCCCACUACCGCAGCGACAAGAGCGCCGCGCGCUCUUCCAGCUCCUCCACCCGCGUCACCGACGAGAACGACGGCAAGAAGGCCAGCGCAAGGUCGGAAGGGUCAAGCCAAGCUUUGCGGCCCGCAGGCGCUCAGACCACUGCUGCUAAGGCGAUGGCUCGGUUGCCUCGACCGAAACGUGGGGCAACUCGCAGGAUUCCAAGAAAAAGUCCAAACUUGCCGACUCUGUCGACUCUUCCUCGACCAGUGCCGCCCAGAUUGGACCUGCAAACGGUGUCAAGCAACCAAGAAAGGCUGCCGAGGAGGUUCGCACCGAGGGCGAGACAUCGAGGAGGACCGGGUGCCCGCGGCUCGCGUGCGGGCGACAAGGCCGAUGCGCUGCCCCCGGUCGGCGAUGCUACCUUCUGGCCUACGCCUGAGACGGCUAUCAAGGACGACAAGCGCAAGCCCGCCGAGAAGACGGAGCGUACAGAGCAACCCGAGGCUCACGAUGACAGUGCCGGUCAGAAGUCGAGGGAGAAGAAGCAGUGGUCUCGCAUGGACUUUGUGCCGACAGUCAACUUUGAGACUCCUGUCCCUGCCAUGCGCGGUUCUCGUGGCGGCGGCCGCAACGGACGAGGCGGCCGUGAUGUCUCCACCAGGGGUGGUGGCAAUGCCACGUCCGCCAGUGCCGCGGACCGCAGCUCUGAAGCCCCUGCCGGCAACGCGGUCAAGGGCGGCAGCGACCAGCGAGAGAAGUCCAAGGACGGUGCCGCGCCUAGCAGGCCGACUUCCGUCCCCCCAUCGACCACCAGGCAUACCGAGGCGACUCGUCCUAGGGAGUCGAGGAAGAACGCGUCACGGCCUAAGGACGCCAGCGCUGGCGAGCACACUGGCCCCCGCGGUGAUGGUCGAGGGGAGAGGGGUGGCCGCGGCGGUUAUCGUGGUCGCGGCGGGCACCAAAACGUGCCUCCCCACAACCAGCAAGGCUCUUUCAACGCCAAUGCUGGUGCCUUCGCCGCCCAGCCUGUACCCUCUCGCCAUCAGCAGUUCACGAGCCCUCCCCUGCCCCAAGGCAACUCCUUCCCCCAGAGCUUCGGGUCAGCGAGGCCCUCUGGUCGUGGCGGCAAUCGGCAGUCUACCGCAUCGAACUACUCGCAUCGCACCAACGGCAACGGCAACCGCCCGCGCCCCAUCUCGACCUCGGGCAACAUGGGAUACACCUGGGAUUCUUACCCCAACAUGCCCAUGACGGCCCCUGUCUACCCUCCUCAGCAGGCAUUUGACUUCCACGUCAAGCCUGUUCUGACACAGCAGGUUGAUUUCUACUUCUCUCUGGAGAAUCUGUGCAAAGAUCUUCACCUUCGCAAGAACAUGGACUCGCAGGGCUUCGUCGCUCUGUCCCUCAUCCAUGGCUUCCAGCGCGUCUUCCAACUUUGCGGUCCCAACCUGCACCUCCUGCGUGCUGCUGUCGCUGAGUCUACGACUAUUGACUACGUUGUCGGCAAGGACGGGCUCGAACGCGUGCGCGCCCGCGAUCACUGGCAGAAGUUUGUGCUUCCCACAGAUCAGAGGUCUGAGGCCGCUCAGACCGACGGGCCUGAAUCCUUCCACAGCUACUCUCUCGAUCAGCAGGCGAUCCGUGACCCGGCGGCAACCGACUACCCUCUGGGUUCGCCCCCUCUCUACGUCAACGGGAUCAACGGCCAUGGAUACGACGGCCUGCCGCUGAUGAACGGAGCCUAUCACGGCGAGGCCAAUGGUCAGCUCUCUGCUGCGGUUCCCGACUUCCAGCCGAGCAGUGCCUUUGCGGACCAGCACCAGGAGCAGGUCAACGGCGACGUGAAUGGCACCACACCCGCCGCUCAGGCGCAGGUGAACGGCACGCAUGGCGAGUCACAGGUCGAGGCCCUCCAGUCGUAG